AUGGCGGGCGGUCUGGCGCGGGGAAAGCUGAUCGCUGUGAUCGGGGACGAGGACACCUGUACCGGCUUCUUACUUGGGGGGGUCGGAGAGCUGAACAAGAACCGGAAGCCGAAUUUCCUGGUGGUGGAGAAAGAGACGAGUGUCACGGAGAUAGAGGAGACCUUCCGGAGUUUCCUGCAGCGUGAUGAUAUUGGAAUCAUACUGAUUAAUCAGUUCAUCGCUGAGAUGAUUCGUCAUGCCAUCGAUGCCCAUAAUCUCUCCAUUCCAGCCGUGCUCGAAAUUCCAUCCAAAGAGCACCCGUAUGAUGCAAACAAGGACUCCAUACUGCGGAGAGCCAAGGGCAUGUUCACUGCUGAUGACCUGCGAUAA